AUGGCAUCAUUAUCUGAACAAAAAUAUACAACAUUAAGAAAACGUCUUGAUCAAUUUGGUUUUAAACAGCCGCUAGCUAUUGAAUCCUUACCAUUAGUUGAAAAACUUUUUCAAGCUUUUAUUCAAACAACUGAAGAACUUAAAAAAGCUAAAGAAAAUGCUCCAACACAUUCUCAACCAUCAGCAGCACCAUUACCAUCAUCACAAUCAUCAACAACACUUUCAUCAGCACAUCCAUAUAAAAAUGAUAAUGCUCGACUUGUGAAAGAAAAUAAUGAUUUACAUUUAGAAUUAAUUAAAUGCCGUGAACAACUUGAUCAUCAUGUGAAAGAUUUUAAAAGUCAAUUAAGAAAAUUAGAACAUGAAAAUGCUGAUUUACGAUUUUUAAAUACUCAAUAUAUUCAUCGAUUACGUUCAUUAGAAAAAGAAUCUCGUCAAAAAGAUAAUAAAAUUUUAGAAUUACAAGAAAAAAAUUUUCAAGCUGUCGUUCAAACACCGGGUGGAAAUAAACAUACAAUUCCAUUUCGUCGUCAACGACUAGAUAUCGAUGAAAUGUUACCUGAAUCAUCAUCAUCAACACAACGUACAUCAGCACAACAAUUACCCUAUGUUAAUGAUCCAUAUAUUAUUGAUAUUGUUAAAGUAACUGAAGAUCGUAUAGCUGAAUUAGAAUUAGAAUUACAACAACAAAAACAAUAUGUUGAUGAAGUUGAAACAAAAAUGGCUAAUCUUAAAUAUCAGGUUGAAAAUCGUGAUCGUGAAAUUGAACGACUUCAUCGUGUGCUUGAUGGUGGUCGUUCAUCUGAUACUCUUUCUCUUGAAUCAAGAUUAAGAAGUAAUGAUAAAGUUAUAGCUAAUCAAAGUGCACAAAUUGAUUUUCUUCAUGAAACAAAUCGUGCAUUAGAACGACGUCUUCAAGAAGUAACUGAGCUUAAACGUACAUUAUCAGAUAAACAAUUUGAAGAACGUCUUAAAGCUAGUGAUCUAGUUCGAGAUCUUAAAGAUAUUGAUCGUCUUGCACGAAAAGUUCAAGCUGACAAAGAUUUUACUGUUGAAACAGCUGAUCGAGAAUUAAAUGAAGCUAAAAUUGAAAUUCAAUAUAAUCAUCGAGAAAUGCAAUCACUCGAUACUAAAGUUGCUUGUUUAGCCACCGAAAAAAAGAACUUACUUGAAGAACUUGAAGCAGCAAGAAAUCAAUGUGGUGAACGUGAAAAUGAAAUUAUUCGUAUACAAACACUUCUCGAACGUACACAAGCGGAUAAAGCUAAAUUAAGUCGACAAGUUUCAAAAUUAGUUCUUAAUGAAAAAGAUCUAUUACAAGAAUUACAAAAAUGUCGUCGUACAACGAAAGCUCCAACACCAACAGUAUCUGGUGCUUCAUCAACAAAAAAACUUUCUCUUCCAGCUCGACUUGAUAUUCAUUUAAAAAAUGUUGAAGAUGAACGUAAUAUGUAUAAAGCCGAAACUGAAACUUUACAAAAAUUACUUAGUGAACGUUUACGUGGUGCAUCAUCAUCAUCAUCACCAUCGGCUUCACGUUUACGUGGUCGUUCAUUAUCACCAACACCUGGUGCACGUACAACAGGUCGUCGUGAUAUCGCAACAUCACCCGUUAUGCAACUUGGUAGACGAUCAGGAAGUAAUGGCAGUACAUCACCGACACGUUGUACUGUUUGUGGAAUUAAUCGACAUCGAUCAUCACCAACUAAAGAUUUAACUGCAUUUGAAAAUCAAUUGAGAAAUGUUGAAGAAGAACGUGAUCGUUUUCGAAGAGAACUUAAUAAACAUAAACGAUCAUCUAAAGAUAUGGAUGAACCUCAAUUAGCUAAAGUUAUACGAGAAAAAGAAGAUUUACAAUUAUUAUUAAAUAAAUUUGAACGCCAUAUGGGAGAGAUUCAAGGCAAUAUAAAAGUUCUUACUAAUGAACGAGAUAAUAUAAGUGUACUCUACGAACAAGCAAAAGAAGAAUUGCAAAGAGCUCGUCAUGAUAUUCUUCAAAGUGUUCAAACACCUAAAGUUUCUCUUGCUGCUCAAUCAAUUUUACGUAAAGUUGAAAGUGAACGUGAUGCUGCUCUUAUUGAAGCACGUACAAGUGCAAAUGAACGUGAUACAAUACGUGAACGUUUACGAGUUGCAACUGACACAAAUUUAACUGAACGUGCACGAUUAGAACAACGCAUUGAAGAUCUUCAAAUUGAAAUACGAAAACUUGACAAUGAUCGUGAAGAUAUUCUUCAACAAAAUCAUUUAUUACGUGAACAGAUUAAAGAUUACGAAAGUAAAGUUGAUGAACAAUUAUUUACAAUUUCACAAUUAAAUCAAGAAUUAAAUGAUCAAAAAACAACAUCAUCACAAUUAAGAUUUUUAUCUGAAGAAGCUGAACGUCUUGUACAAGAAAAUCAACGACAAUUAAAUUUAAAGAAAGAAGAACUUAGAGUACAAGAAGAAAAAACACAUCGACUUGAGAAAAAACUCUAUGAUACACAAGAAAUGAAUAAAGGUAUUAAGGAUGAUUUUCAUGUUGUUCGUUCAACUGUUCAUACACUUGAUAAAGAAAAAGAUCGUUUAUGUGGUGAACUUGAUUUAAAAGCUGAAGAAAAUUUACAUUUAAUACAAGAACUUAAUUCAAAAACACGUCGUAUUGAAGAACUUAGUAUGAUGAUAGCUGAAUUAGAAGCUGCACUAGAUCGUACAAAAGAUGAUACAAAACAAAAAUUAAAAGAAAUAACAAGUAUGAGAAUGCAACUUGAUAGAAAUCUUGAAGAAUUAAAUGAAUAUCGUCGUAAACUUGAUCUUGGUGUACGAGAUAAUAAACGCUUACAAGAUGAUCUUCUAACUGUUACACGAGAAAAUCAAACACUUCAUCAAGAACUUGAACAUGCUAUUGAUGAUAAAGAAAAUCUGAAAUUACAAGUCCAAGAAUAUAUCAAAGAAGUAUCCAAAUGUGAAAAUGUUAUAUCACAAAAGGAAAAUGAUCGAACAUCUUUAUUUGAACAAUAUAGAGAAGCAACAAAUGAAUUAAGUCGUGCAAAAUUAACACUUGCCGAUAUCGAAUCUCAAGCAGCUAAUCUUAGACAAGAAUUACAUAUAAAAUCAGCUGAUAUGAAACGAUUAGCAGAACGUACUGAUUAUCUUGAACGUGAACUUCAACAACAUAUUUCUGUUAAUCAUGAAUAUGAAAUUCAAUUAUCAAAUAUGAAUCGUUCAAUACAACGUAAUGAAGAAAUUAUUAAAAGAUUACAAAUUGAAAAACAAAAUUAUGCAACUGAAAUAUCCAAUGUUCGUGAUCUUAAUUCAACAGUUGAAAAUAAAAAAGAACAUAUUAUUCGUGAACUAACUGGAAGAGAAAUUGAAAAUGAACAAUUACAAGCAGCUAUAAGUGAUAUGAAACUUGAAAUCGAUAUGUUACAUACACAAAUAAAUAAUGAAAAAGCUAUGGUACGUAGUUUAGAAGAAAUUAUUGGUUCAUCAAGAGAAAAAGAAUUUCAAUCACAAGUACAAGCACAAGAAAAAGAUUCUGAUUUACAAUUAGCAAAAGAACGUGCUAAUAUGACUGAUGUUAAAAUACAAAGUCAAGGAAAAGAAAUAGCAGCAUUAAGAGCACAAGUUAUUGGAUUAGAAUCGGAUAAUGAUCGACUUAAACGACAACUAACAAGUGAAAGAUUUGAAAGAGAAAAAGCAGCUCAAGAUUUACGAAAAUUAACUGAUCUUACAUCAAAUAUUGAAUACGAUUCACGAUAUCGUAGUACAUCACCCAGAGUAACGCCAUCUGUUUCAGCUACAAAUAAUUAUCGAUCAUCAACACGAAAUUAUUCUCCAUCACGUUCUGAACAUCCACAAACAUCACCAACAAAAGGCAUUGAUCGAUCGUGUAGUUUAUGUGUUGAUACAACACCAUGA